AUGGAAACCAUCGACCAACUAGUUGUUCAAGGGAAUAAGGCUUUCUCUCAAAAGCAUUACGAGAUUGCUGCUGAAAAAUACAGUGAUGCUCUAGAAGUUUUGGAGCAAAAAAAUGGUCCCGACAAUAUAGAAAACCGCAACGUUCUGUGGCUGUAUGGACGGACGUUGUUUGAAAUAGCUCUCUCGAAGAGCCAAGUCCUCGGAGGCGGAAUCACUCCUGCUAUCGAAGAGCAACAACAAAAGGAAACUGACUCUGGUCCCACUGUCGUCGGCUCCUUUGCUUUUACCGGAGACAAGCUGGAGGACAGAGUCGAGCGCGAUGACGCGGCAGAGAAGGCGAACGAUGUGAAAGAAUCGACUGCUACUGCUACCUCGGAAGCUGCUUCCUCAAACGGUAGCGAGAAGACGGAAGCUGCAACUGCAGCUUCGCCUACUCCAGCUGCCGCCGUUGCAGCAGAAGAUGACUUUGGCUUGGCGUGGGAGGUCUUGGAUUUGUGCCGUGUGCUCCAGACUCGUGCAGUGGAGCAACUCGAUUCGAAGGACGAAAAGUCCCGGCUGGCAGACGUUCUGGAUUUGCUUGGUGAAAUUUCACUGGAGAACGAAAGCUUUGAGCAGGCCGCUCAAGACUUGCAGGAGGCCUUGCUUUGGAAACAACAAGUUCUCGAAGCAAACAGUACUUUGUUGAGUGAAGCUCAUUACAAACUAGCACUGGCUCUCGAGUUUACUGCUCUCGAAGACGGUAGCGGCAAAAAGGAAGCACUCAAACAUGUGGAAGCUGCUGCAGACAUCAUACAACACGUCCUUGAUGCGAAGCGUGCGGCGACAAGCUCUAAAAAGGGAAAGGAGAAGGAGGAUCCUACUCUGACUUCGUUCCAGCAAAUGCUCGACGAUUUGCACCAAAAGGCGCAGGACUUGCAGGCCGAAGAGAAGCCCGACUUGGAGAAGGAGCUCACCACGAGUGCGGUUGCCGGUUCUCUCCUUUCAGCUCCUCGUGAUCAACUUCAAAAGCUCGUCGCUGAUGCCAUUCAAAAUGCUAAUGACUUGGGAUCACUUGUUAAACGCAAGCGUCCCAAGACCGAUGACGGAGAAAAGGGAGAGAAGGCGAAGCGUGCUAAGUAA